AUGGUUGCAAACGAUCUUCUUCCUCUCUCCAGUAUGAAGCUUGAAAAGGUUAACAAAACCUUUCAUAACGUGGUGCAAAAACUCUUUGGCUUUGGCUUUGGCUUUUCUUCAGCCCCUAAAAGUGAUGGAGUGGUUAAUCAGUCAGGAGAGUACAGAAAAAUCCAUUCGGAUUUCAGAUUAUCAUUACCAAAUUCCAUAAAAAAGCACCAGCCAAGCAUUAAAUAUGGAGAUGUUGCUAAUCGCCAAAGUUCAAAAUCCUAUGCUUCAUCUGUCCGUCUCCUCGGCCCGCCAGAAAUUUAUCUCUCUGCCUCUCCUGGGAAAGAAAAAGAGAGGUUACCCAGUUCUGGUGACCCUUUCAUGGAAUCGAUGGUUGCCAACUUCAACAAGAGUGUAAGGUCCACUCCCGCAUCAACAGGAUUGUACUUACCUCCAAGACCGCAAAUGGGUUACACUGAAAACCGCUCUCCAACUUUUCUGUCCAGUGGAAACCCAUGUUUGGAUUUCUUCUUUCAUGUUGUUCCUGAUACACCAGCUAAGGAUCUUGUCCGCAGGUUAAAGCUGGCAUGGGAGCAAGAUCCCUUGCUUGCUCUCAAAUUAGUCUGCAACUUGCGAGGUGACUUGCUUGAGAUUCUAGAUCGUUUGCUUAAAGGUCCUGGUAUUAAGGAAGCUGCAAGGGAAGAGAGAGAGAUGAUGAAGCUUGAAUGGGAUAUGAUGCCAAUAGAAGAAAAGAGAAGCCCUGGUAAAAGAUACAUCAGCCUUGCUGCAAAAUGGUGUCCCUCCUUAUAUUCUUCAUAUGAUCGUGCUACUCUCAUAUGCGAGAGCCUAGCCAGGAGGAUGUUCCCGCAAGAAUCAUAUCCAGAAUAUGAAGGCCUUGAGGAUGCUCAUUAUGCUCACAGAGUUCCAGACAGGCUUCGAAAGGAAGUGCUUGGGCCACUUCGCAAAGAAAUGAGACUCCCGGAGCUCUACAUGAGUGCCAAUGAAUGGGGAUGA